CCAUUUGUAUAUUAUGUGUCUGGCUCGUAUCAUUCCUUCUCACCUGCGCACCCUAUGUACAUAGCGAUCUCGAAGGUUUCAUUUAAUGGAUGGUGUCAACUUUCCAUACUAAGGUUAGUUGCCCGAGCUCGUAUCGGAACCAUAUCGCUUCCCAGGUUCCUUCAAGGUAAGUACGUAAGUUGAAGUGCUAACUUAUUAGUAGGUGCGGUAUUGAGCGUGUCCCAGUGACUCAUUAAUCAUUGCUCAACGUCGAGGAGAGAGACCGAGACCAAGUACUCGGGCUACGGUAUAAAUCGACAUAUUGUAGCUGAACCAGCGAGCCAGUGCGUGACCAUUGACCAUGCCAUCGGACCUCCACCUCGCUGUGUAUGGCGCUGUCUUAUUCGUUCCUCUCUUCCUAGCAUGGAGGUCAGCCAGCAAGAACUCGAGUCUACUGCCACUUCCGCCGGGUCCCCGUUUGCUCCCAUUCGUGGGCAACGCUUUUGACAUAGACGUUUCUCGGCCUUGGCUUACAUAUACUAACUGGAAAGAAAAACAUGGUGAUAUCGUGUACUCUCGUGUUUUGGGACAACACAUCAUCAUCAUCGGCUCUAUAGAAGUUGCCCGCGAGCUUUUGGACAAACGUUCCACUACAUAUUCUGACCGUCCUGUCCUCCGCGCGAAUGAAGAAUUCGGAAUCUCCUUCAAUACUGCAUACCUGCCAUAUGGAGAGACACUCCGGAUUCACCGCAAGCUGUUCCAUCAAGCUUUUGGUGCAGAAGCGUCUGCGGAGUAUCAUGAUUUAUACUUUCGCAAAGCUUAUCAGCUUGUCAUCGAUCUACUUAGCACUCCUCAAAAGUUGGAGAAGCACAUCGAAAUGUAUUCCGGUUCGGUCAUUAUCACUGCGACAUAUGGAUAUGAAGCCCCGCCUGAUGAAGAGGGCGACCCUCUGAUCCGCCGCACUCGGGAGGCUACUGAGAUAGCCAAGAGAGUGAUGGCUCCUGAAAGAGCUGCGCUGCUCAUGGCUUUUCCUUUCUUGGGAUAUCUUCCUUCGUGGUUUCCAGGAGCGUCAGAUCGGCGUUUGGCCCCUUAUUCCAGGAAACUUGUUCGUCAGAUGUUGGAUGAACCUUUCGAAAUAGGAAAGGAGAAGAUGACGGAUGGUAGACGAUCACCCUCUAUCGUAGCAAAAUUCCUGGAUGCGGGUGACAUCUCUCCAGCACAAGAAGAGUUCAUGAAAGGUGUAGCUGUCAGUGGAUUCGUUGCUGGAACAGAAACAACUGCAUCAUCUCUGCACUCAUUCCUGCUGGCGAUGCUACUCCACCCAGACGCGCAAUCUCGCGCGCUCGCCGAAAUAGAUGCCGUCUGCGGAGAUAACGUCCCAAACUUCGAGCACAAACCAUCACUACCCUACAUCGAAGCUAUUUGCCGAGAAGUUCUUAGAUGGCAGCCCAUCGUACCACUAGGGCUGCCACACAUGACGUCUCAAGAUGAUGUUUACGAAGGAUACUUUAUUCCGAAAGGGUCAAUGGUCGUGGUGAAUGAAUGGGCUCUAUCUCGAGAUGAGAGCCUCUAUCCCGAGGCAUCUCGAUUCGAUCCUCAAAGACAUCUAACUGCUGAGGGGAAGUUGAAAGACGAUCCUCUUGUGGGACACUUCGCCUUUGGCUUCGGAAGGCGUAUCUGUCCAGGACGCCAUUUCGCCGAGCUCUCUCUGUGGGCUGCUAUGGUUUCCAUUUUGUCCACUGUUCGGAUCACGAAAGCCAAAGACUCGGAAGGCAUAGAUAUUCCGGUGAUUCCAGAGUAUACUGCUGGUCUCGCUAUUCAACCGAAACCGUUCGCUUGCACCAUCACGAGUAUAAAUUCGCGAAGGGAGGAACACAUGAGAGCUGCGUUUCGGGUGAAUUGAGAAUGCCUACGGCAUGCCUUGUUUAUUUGAUUCUGAGUCAUGAUGAUACAACACUAUAAGCCUUACUAAAAUUGUCGUCUUGCACCUCACUUUCAAGCAGUUGUACAAGUCAGCGCAAUUGUCGCCAAGUUUAAUGCCCCCCUCGCAGACAUGAACAUGUUGGCGAGCUUGAUGGCGUAGAAUCUUUCAAUAAUUUUAUGCUCGCAACGAGACAAG